UUCAACCUGGCACCCCGGAGGCAUCGGAGGCAUGUACUUCUGCGCCAUGUCCGAUAUCAAGUUCGUCCAGGUUGUGCUGUGCUGUGUGCCACUGCUGCUGGCCGCCGGCGUAUCAGCCAACCCCGGCUUUGAGGACCUCCGCCGCAGCCCGGACAUGGAGGCAAAGGACAGCGAGGUGGACACCACGGGAGUGCUGGACCCGGCGCAACACAAGCUCAUGAACUACCAGAAGCCCCCCGUUGGAUACGAGGACUACGAGUACUUCCUGGCUCCGCGUCGAACGGGAGAUCGAGAUCGGGAUCCCUAUGCUGCCGACAACGAGUUGGGUGCCACUUCAGCACUGAAGAUACACGGAGACGGCAAUCUGGCGGCUCUGAACAGGCCAGUCAGUGGCAUCGUCCCCAAGCCCCUGCCCUGGUACGGCGACUACUCUGGCAAGCUGUUGAGCAAUAUGCCCACAUACCCCUCCAGGUCCUAUGAUCCCUACAUCCGCCGAUACGACCGAUUUGAUGAGCAGUAUCAUCGUAACUAUCCGCAGUACUUUGAGGACAUGUACAUGCACCGACAGCGCUUCGAUCCGUACGAUAGCUACAGUCCCCGGAUACCGCAGUACCCGGAUCCGUACGUUAUUUAUCCGGACCGGUACCCGGACUCGCCGUCAGUGAGGGACUAUGCGAAAAUGCGUCGCGGAUACAUCGACGAGCCCAUGGCGCCGAUCGAUUUCUACGGCACUAGCAAGUACGGCUUUUCCAAGCAGUCGGAUCUGCCUUAUCCGGCUAUACCGCCUCGUAACGAGCGGAUAGUGUACUAUGCCCACCUGCCGGAGAUUGUGCGGACACCUUAUGAUACUGCGGCCCCGGAGGAGCGAAACUCUGCUCCGUACAAGCUGAACAAGAAAAAAAUGAAAAUCAACCAGCGACCUUUGGCGAAUAAUGGUACAACCUAUAAGAUGACGUUGUAGAGGUCUCUUAGAAACUAAGACUUUUUUUUUUGUAUUCAUUAUUCGACAGCAUUUGUAUCUGACACCCAUACAGCUAAGCACCAAGUUCAGCGUUUGGAUAUUUUUUAACUGUAUGCAAUCACGACAUUAAAUUAAAAAUUCACCCAACUCCCAUUAAAAACUACCCGAGUUCAGGGUCUAACAUCAAAUGCCGAUUGACGAUACAAAGGUCGAUGACGAUCUUUAAAAUUAAAGAAAAAAGAACGCUGUAGACGAGUGUUCCGACUAUCAGAAAGUUCAAAUUAAA